UGAAUGUGUGACGUGUACAUAAAGUGUCGAUGUGUCUGCUGUGCAAAGUAUAAAGGAAAAUAUAUGCAAUAACUUUCACAAUUGUCAUUUUCAUUAUGUGCAAUAUUUGAUGGUUUUAUUUGUUUUGUGUAUAUAUAUUUUUUUUCUUUCUAAAAUAUCAUUCCAAUGUGCUUUAUCAUAAAAUAAAUAAAUUAUCUACAAUUAAGCAAACAACUUGUUUUUUUUUCUUCACUCAGUAGUUCCAUUAUUCUGAGUUAAAAAAAAAUAUGUCUGCUUUAAUCUAAUCAGCCAUAUUUUUACAUCUAAAUAAUUAUUAAAAAGUGACAGCAAAAAAAACAACUGUAUACAUUGCUCAAUAAGUGAUAGCCAAUAAAAAUAUAUUAUAUAUUUUAUAAAUAAUGAAUUUUCGUAUUGUGUCAUCAAAAAAUUGUACCACUAAACACAACUCUUAGAUUUAUCAACUGCUGUCAACUAUUCUGCUUGAAUAAAAAAAUCAAACAUGAAUAAUCCAUACCGUGCUAGGCCAAUGAGACCUCGCAUAGAUCAGACAUCAGUGCCAAAUUAUGGAUUACAAAAUAAUAACAUAUGGCCUCCAAAAACUGGUACUCAAAGUGAAACAUCACCAAGACUUGAUGGUGUUUAUCAACCUACCCAGCAACCUAUAAUGAAUCAACCUCAAAUAUUUAAUGUACGUGAUGAUAAUGUGGGUGGUGGUGGUGAGGAUGAUUCAUGGAAUUGGGACAAUGGUAAUACUGAACAAAACAAUGAUGCAUGGAAUUGGAGUAUUGAUCAACAACAAUCAGUACAAUUACAGCCACAUAAUCCAUUAGCUUUUCAAAAAAAUGAUAAUAAUUUCAAUAUGAAUAGUAGUAAUCGUCCUGCUCAAACACCUGCUCGAGUUCCAUUGACAGAUAAUGUAUCUAAUGUUGCUCCAACUUCUGAGGUGACAUCGGGCCAUUUAAUGGGCCAGCCAAGUUGGUCCCCAGUUGAACAGAAUAAAAACUUUGUUCAUGCAAAUGCUACAUCAAACACUUUUAAUAAUCAGAGUCAUUUACAAAAUGUUAAUCAACAAAUGGUAGAAAAAAAUAUGCAACCACCUGCUCAUAUACCUGCUCGAGUUCCAUUGACAGAUAAUGUAUCUAAUAUUGCUCCAACUUCUCAGGUGGCAUCAAGCCACUUGAUGGGCCAGCAAAAUUGGUCUCCAGUUGACCAGAAUAAAAACUUUGUUCAUCAAAAUGCUAUGAGUAAUCAGAGUCAUUUGCAAAAUGUUAAUCAACAAAUGAUAGAAAAAAAUAUGCAACCACCUGCUCGAGUUCCAUUGACAGAUAAUGUAUCUAAUGUUGCUCCAACUUCUCAGGUGGCAUCAAGCCAUUUGAUGGGCCAGCAAAGUUGGUCUCCAGUUGACCAGAAUAAAAACUUUGUUCAUCAAAAUGCUAUGAGUAAUCAGAGUCAUUUACAAAAUGUUAAUCAACAAAUGGUAGAAAAAAAUAUGCAACCACCUGCUCAAAUACCUGCUCGAGUUCCGUUGACAGAUCAUGUAUCUAAUAUUGCUCCAACUUCUGAGAUGACAUCAAGCCAUUUGAUAGGGCAGUCAAAUUGGUCUCCAGUUGAACAGAAUAAAAACUUUGUUCAUCCAAAUGCUACAUCAAACACUUAUAAUAAUCAGACUCAUUUACAAAAUGUUAAUCAACAAACAGUAGAAAAAAAUAUGCAACAAUCUGCUCGAAUUCCAUUGACAGAUCAUGUUUCUAAAAUUCCUCCAACUUAUGAAUUGACAUCUAGCCAUUUGGUACGCCAGCCAAACUGGUCUCCAACUGAACAGAAUAAAAACUUUGUUCAUCAAAAUGUUAUGAGUAAUCAGAGUCAUUUACAAAAUGUUGAUCAACAAAUGAUAGAAAAAAAUAUGCAACAACCUGCUCAGAUGGAAAUUCCAUUCACAGAUAAUGCAUCUAAAGUUGCUUCAACUUCUGAUAUGCCAUCGAGCCACUUGACACACCAGCCAAGUUGGUCUCCAAGUGAACAGAAUAAAAACUUUGUUCAUUCAAAUGUCACAUCAAACACUUUCAGUAAUCAAACUCAUUCACAAAAUAUUGAUCAACAAAUGGUAGAAAAAAAUUUGCAAAAAAAUGUGCAUGCUUCGAAUGCACAUAUGGAAUGGUCACAACCAAAACUUAUUUCCAAUGAAACAAAUCAACAAUUUAAUGUAAAUUAUCAAAAUUUAAAUACAGAAAAUUCAAAUAAAAAUCAUAUUGAAAAUAUACAAUCAAGAAAAAUGAGCUUAGAUGAUGAUAAAAACCAACAAUUAAAUAAACAACCUGGUAAUACAACACUAGACAAUGUUCAUUCCACUGUUUUACCAGAAGAAAAUUUACACAAUCAAUUUAAAUCAUCUAAUUCUUCACAAUCUUGGCAAUCUAAUACAACACAACAUUCCAAGCAUGAAUCAAAUGACAAUGUAUUAAAUCCAAAUUCAAUAAAUUCUUCUAAAGAUUUUAAAAAACCUGAAUUACCCUUUGAUGCAACAACUUUAAAACCAGCUGUUAGCCAAUUUAAUCAAGCUACUCAACUUACAAAUGAUAUUCAUGGGGAUUCAUUGAAUAAUACUGUUGAAGUAUCAACCAGUCACAGUACAAUAAAUAGUGAAGAAACCAUGGAAAGUAGACAAAAUAUUAAUACAUAUACAUCAAUUACAAAUCAACCAAGUCAUUAUCAACAAUUUAACAAUUAUAUGCCUGAACAAUGGGCUUCUAGACACGAAAUAUUUGACAAUGAACAUGAUGAAUUUAAAAAUAAAUCAUGUCCACCUCCGUAUGAUCAUUCAGAAGCUUCAAAUGCAUCAGAAUUUUUACAAGAUCAAGAAAAUACUGGUGUUAAUGAUGUUAAUAACUCCUCCAAAACACCUCCAACUAUUGGCUCAGGCUUAUUCGAACCUAGUACUUUUGAAAGUACAAAAUAUGUCCGUUCACAUCAUGAACCUAAUCAUGACCCUUUUGAUACUAUUCAAAGGUCAACUUAUGAAUCACAAAAUCUGCCUCCGUAUAGUUUUUAUCCCACACCACCUUAUCCAGCUGAAGGAUCUAAUGAUGCAGAAAAUUUGCCUGAUGUUAAUAAUCAAAAUACUGCGAUUGAUUCUUCAGUAACAAAUUCAUUUCAAUCAAAUAGUCAAUAUCCAAUAGUCAAUGAUAAUAUUCCUUCUACUGGAUUUGAUCAGUGGUAUAAUCAAACUGAAUCCGAAGCAAGAAAGAAUGAAUGGUCUCAUGUGCAAUCACAACUUGGAUCAAAAAAAUUACCAGUAAAUUCAACUGCAGAAUCUUUGGAAAAUAUUCAAACACCAAUUGAAAUUGUUCGUCCAUCAGAUAUUUCACAACAAAAAAUACAAGAUAAUUCAUCUUCAUUAACAAUAACUGAUACAAAUAAUCAAAUUGAAUCACAAUCAGUCGCUACAAAAACUAUUAAUAAUGUUCAACCAGCAUUGUCAUAUGUAAAUUCAGCUGAUCAUCAAAAACAAUCAACAGAUGAUUAUGAAUUUGCAUCAAAUGACAGAAAUACAUUUCUUGAAACUGGUGAAUUAACAGAUUCUCAUCAUGAAUCUGAUUCAAAAGCACCAAGUCCAGAUGACACUAAUGACGAGGUGACAAAUGAUAUUCCUUUUCGAAGAGAAGUACCUGGACAAUCAAGUUCAACAAUACCACAAAGAAAUAGUCCAACUGGUGGUAAACAAUAUAAUCCAUUGACUUUAAGUUUAGCUGAUCUCAAAAGAAAUGAACCAUUUGGACAUGAUAUACAACAAAUUCGUGAUGUUCCAUCUGGUCAAGAGGGACCUGAAAAUUUAACAUCACGUGAUAAUGAUGUGCCUGAACGUAGAGAUGAUCCAUCUGGAAAAGCACGUUCAUUACCAAUGCCACCAAGAAAUUAUCCAUCAAACGAAAUGAGAAAUGAUCUACAAAAUAUUUCUCAAUUACAAAAAAAACAAAAAGAUUCUGAUAAUGAUAAUGAUAGCAAUGGUAUAAAUACACUAGAUGUUAAUAAUACAUCUUCAAUAAAUCAUCAAGGACGUUCAGGUAUAAUGACAUUAAAUGAUAAUUUAAAUAAUAAUUAUGAAAGAAAUAGAGUUGUAACUGGUUCACAAGAAAUAAAUAUAAAUACAAUACAUGAUCAAACAAAUGAUACACGUCAAAAACGUGAAGAAGCAGUUGGUGCAUCAAUAACAGAAAAUAAAAUUAUUUCAACAUCACCAAAACGUAAAAAUUCAUAUGACGAUAGAGAUGAUGAUGAAUCUGGAAUAAGUCAAGAUGAAUUAAAUCGUGAAAAUCAAAAAGAAACAAGUCGAUUAAAUGAAAAUCGUUAUGAUUAUGAUAAUAGAAAAAUUAAUAGAAAUUAUCAUGAUCGUGAACAUGAUGAUUAUGAUGAUGAUUAUUUUGAUGAACGUAAUCGUAGACAGUAUGAUGAUCGUUCAUAUCAUUCAAGAGAUGAUUUGGAUAAUAGUGAUAUUAGAUAUAGAGAUAAUGAAAGAAGACUUCGUGAAAAUUUAGAAAGACCAUUGAGAGCUGAUGAUAUCAUUGUUGAUGAAAUUGAAAGACAUUAUAGAAGACGAGAAGAACGUUAUAAUAAUAAUAGUCAAAGAGAUAGACAAAAUAAUAUAAGACGUCAAAAAGAUAUGCCAAGCAGAGAAUAUGAUUCACGUUAUUCAGGAACUCGUCAAGAAUAUUCAGAUCGUGGACGUAGAAGAGAUGAUAAAAGACGUUAUUAUGAUGAUUAUGAUAGUCGUGAAAUGAGAGGAGGUUAUUUAGAUGAUUCUUAUGCAAGAAGUUCUCGACCAUCAAGUAGAUCAUCUUAUAAUGAUCGUGAACGUGAUUAUUAUAGAACAACAACAAGAGAUCCUUAUUAUAAUUUUGGUAAUUAUGGAUAUGAUUAUCAGGCAAAUUACAUGGCGUAUAUUGAAAAUAUGCGUCGUCAAAAUCCUGCUGCUUAUACAGAAUGGUACAAUAAAUAUUAUAGAAAUCAACAACAACAACAACAACAUCCACAUCAACAACAUCAACAAUUUGUUAAUCGUGAUGUUACAAAUUAUCAUGAUGAUCGUGGAAGUGUACAUUCUGGUAGAAGUUCAUGUGAUGAUAGAACAACAAAUGACAAACAAACAUUAGGUGAUUUAUCAUUAAUUGAAGAUACUAAAAGUAUAACACGUAUGACACCAACAAAAUUUUCAACAUCACAUGGACAAGGUACAUUUUCAAUUGGUUCAUUAUUACAUGUACAUCCAAGUUAUCCAGCUGAUGGUGAACGUGCACGUGUUGAUUUAAUAUCAAUAAAUAAUUUAUUAAUAAAUGAUAAAGUUGCUCAAGAUUUACGAGCAUAUCCAGGACCAUUAAUAAAAGGUGUUACACAUAAAAAAACAAUAAUUGAUUAUUGUGAAACACAAAUAAAAAAAGCACUUGUUAAAGAUGAUUUAAAUGAUCCAGCUUCAUAUGUUCUUAUUUAUCAAUUAAUGAUAACACUUAUACAACAAAAUGGUAAUGUUGUUGGUGUUGAUAUUGCAACAUUAUUAUUAAAAAAUAAAGAAUUAUAUCCUUAUAAUGUUAAUGGAUAUAAUCAAGUAUUAACAAGACGUGAAUCUGUUAUUUCACAAAGAUCAAGUGGUACAGGUGGUGAUGGAUCAAUUUAUAAAUUAGGAAAUGAAAUUGAAACAACAAUAAAAUCUAAAAAAACAAUUGAACAAAUAACUGAAGAAUUUCGUAAUACAUUAUUAUAUGGUCUUGUUCAAGAAGCAUUAGAAUAUGCUAUGAAUGAAGGUCUAUGGGGACAUGCAUUAUUUUUAGCAAGUAAACUUGAUAAAAGAACCCAUGCAUCAGUAAUGGCACGUUUUGCAAAUAGUUUACCUGCUCAAGAUUCAUUACAAACAUUGUAUCAAUUACAUUCUGGUAGAAUACCAGCAAGUGUUACAUGUAUUGCUGAUUCAAAAUGGGAUGAUUGGCGUCCACAUCUUGCUAUGAUUAUAUCAAAUACAUCAGCAAAUCCAGAAAUUGAUUAUCGAUCAAUUAUUAUACUUGGUGAUACAUUAGCUGCACGUGGUGAUUUAUAUGCAGCACAUUUUUGUUAUUUAUUAGCACAAAUUGAUUUUGGAAUGUAUGAAAGUUCAAAUAAUAAAUUAGUAUUAAUUGGUGCAAAUCAUCAUAGUAAUUAUACUGAAUUUGCUAAUUUAGAAUCAAUUAUGUUAACUGAAAUUUAUGAAUAUGCUAGAAGUCUUAGUGAUCCUGGUUUUACUAUUGAUGGUCUUCAAUCAUUUAAAUUUGAAAUUGUUAGAAAAUUAAUUGAUUAUGGAUUUUUAAAAGAAGCUUUCCUUUAUUUAGAACAAAUUGCUAUUAAAAUUAUUAAUGAACCAUCAAAAUAUAAAAAAUCAUUUAUUAAUGAUGUAUAUACUAUGAGUGAUCGUGUUAAAUUUCAUGAUCCAACUUAUAAAGAUUCAGCUGAUGAUAUGUCAUUAAAUUGGAUUAAUAAUUUACAAGAAAUUAUUCAAAGAUUUGAAAGUAAUGAUGAAGUUAAUUAUGAAGAUAAUCAUCAUAUACAAAAUCAAGAUGCUAAUAAUUAUGAAAUUCAGCAUCAACAUUAUCAACAACAACAACAGCAACAAGAUGAACAACAUUAUCAAGAAGAACAGCAACAGCAGCCACAACAACAAUCACAAAAUCAAUGGAAUUAUCCAAAUAAUCAAUUGCAAUAUGAUAAUACAGCUGAACCAGUUAUGGAAGCUUCAACUACUGAUAUGCAACAAGAACAAUGGAUAUCAUCUUCACAUGCAAAUGUUCAAGAUACUUUUAAUGCUGAUCAAAAUAUUCAAUCUGUAAAUCAAAGUCCAGAACACAAUGCAAAUCAAUAUAAUCAAUGGCAAUAUAAUCAACCAGUUCAAGCCGACGUUGAUUCUAGAUCAGAACCAACAAGUGAAUGGAACUAUGAGGAAAAAACAGCGGCUCCAACAAAACCUCAAUCACAAAUAUCAAUGGGGCCUUCUCGUGGCAAGCAGUAUGAUCCCUUAGAAGAACUUGAUUUAUUGGAUAAGCCAAAAACAAAUAUCAAUACAAAAAAUGAUAAUUCAACUAAAAAUAAUGAUAAACAAAUUGAUAAAAAAAAAUCACAAACUGCUGAUGGUGGCUCAUGGUUCAAUGGUUUAUUUAGUAAACUUUCACUUAAACCAAAAAAUCAAAUGAUCCUACCAGACGACAAUAAUCCAGCGAUUGUAUGGGAUUCAGUUGCACAAAAAUGGAAAAAUAAAGAUGACAAUGAUGAUAGUGGUUCUUCGAAUGUAGCUCCACCACCACCAAAAGCUAAAAAUAUAAAUUUACAUCAAAAUUCAACAUCAAUUAUUGAACAAAAUACACCAAUUAAAAAUGAGCCGAUUGAGGAUCAUUCAGCAAUGAUUAAUAGUUCAAAAAUAGUAUCUAGUGGUAAUAUGUUUAAACUUCAAAAAGGAAGAUCAAUGCGUGCUAAUUAUAUUGAUGUUAUGAAUCCUGGUGGUAAUAAAAAUAAUGGAUCAAAUUUAAUUGUUCCAACACCAGCUACAUCACCAAUAACACCAAUGGCAUCAUCAUCACCACAACUUUUUAAUCCUUCUCCAAUAAACAAUACAAACACACCGAUUAAUUUUUUAACACCAGGAAUGAUGCCAAUUCCAAAUAAAGAAAAUACAACACAAGAAGGAAAUUCUAAUCGACAUAAUUAAAUUACAAUAAUUGAAUAAUAAAAAUAAUUAAAUAGUCAUAAUAAAUAUUGACAAGGAUAUGGUAAAAUUUUUUUAAUAUGUAAUUUAAAUAGACUGAGUUAAUUAAUAGUUAACUCUUUGUUGAAAUAAAAAAAUUGAUAAUUAUACAAAGAUUUAAGCAUGAGCAAAAUAUUGAAUAUAAAAUAGGCCAAUUACGUGAACAUAGUUAAGAAAAAUUUAAUUGCACUUCUAUAAGUAAUAAAUUCAAUAAUGAAAAAAUAAAUAAUCAAAUAUUUUUUGUUUUUUUUUUUUUAAACUACAAUCAAUUAUUACUGUGAAGUUAAUCAUAAAAUCAAAUAAUGUUAAAUUUGAUUUAUUGGAUUUUGUUGUAUCAUCGGUUCUUGUUUAUUAUUAUUCUAUUGUUGAUGAUAAAAUAUAAAUGAAAAUAUCAUAAUAAAAA